GGAUCCCGCGGCGCCAUGAACCUCCUGCCCUGCAACCCGCACGGCAACGGGCUGCUCUACGCCUUCAACCAGGACCAUGGAUGCUUUGCGUGUGGGAUGGAAAAUGGAUUCCGAGUCUAUAACACCGAUCCACUGAAGGAAAAGGAGAAGCAAGAAUUUAUAGAAGGAGGAGUUGGCCAUAUUGAAAUGUUGUUUCGCUGCAACUAUUUAGCUUUAGUUGGUGGUGGGAAAAAGCCAAAAUACCCUCCAAACAAAGUGAUGAUUUGGGAUGACCUGAAGAAGAAAACUGUGAUUGAAAUAGAAUUUUCUACUGAAGUCAAGGCUGCCAAAUUACGGCGAGAUAGAAUUGUGGUUGUUUUGGACUCUAUGAUCAAAGUGUUUACAUUCACACAUAAUCCCCAUCAGUUACACGUCUUUGAAACCUGCUAUAACCCUAAAGGUCUCUGUGUCCUGUGCCCCAACAGUAACAACUCGCUCCUGGCCUUCCCGGGCACGCACACGGGCCACGUGCAGCUUGUGGACCUGGCCAGCACCGAGAAGCCACCGGUGGACAUUCCCGCCCAGGAGGGCGUCCUGAGCUGCAUUGCUCUCAAUCUGCAGGGAACAAGACUUGCGACCGCCUCUGAGAAAGGGACCCUUAUACGAAUAUUUGAUACUUCAUCAGGGCAUUUAAUCCAGGAACUACGAAGAGGAUCUCAAGCAGCUAAUAUUUAUUGCAUUAACUUCAAUCAGGGCGCUUCCCUCAUCUGUGUGUCCAGUGACCACGGCACGGUGCACAUUUUUGCAGCCGAAGAUCCGAAAAGGAAUAAACAAUCAAGUUUGGCAUCGGCCAGUUUCCUUCCAAAAUACUUCAGUUCCAAGUGGAGUUUCUCCAAGUUUCAAGUCCCCUCAGGCUCUCCAUGCAUUUGUGCCUUUGGAACAGAGCCAAACGCUGUCAUUGCGAUCUGUGCGGACGGCAGCUACUACAAGUUCCUGUUCAACCCCAAGGGAGAGUGCGUCCGGGAGGUGUAUGCGCAGUUCCUGGAGAUGACGGACGACAAGCUUUGACCCUUCACCGGGAGCACGAGCACCGCGGCCCCUGGGCGCCCAGCGGCCCCUCGAGCUCCUGGGGCUGGUGACGAUGGGCCGGAGGGACGGCCCGGGACCUUGUCGUGAAGCCACUCAUGGCUGUUUUCCGAAGCCAGGCCUCCUGAGUCCAAUGUUAAAGGAA